AUGCAACUCAAAUACUUAGAUCCUCCUAUAUUGCCAGCCUCAUCAGCCAAAAGCAUUUCCUCAUCAGCCAAAAUUACUGCCAUGUGCUGGUCUAACAACAACAGAAGAUUGGCAGUUGCUGAUUCGGAACGUUCCAUACAUCUUUUUGAUGAAACAGGAGAGAAAAGGGAGCGUUUUCCAACAAAAGCAGCGGACGGAAAGAAAGGAAAUAAGUUGUAUACAAUAACAGGAAUGGUGUUUAGCCCAGAUGACGUCAAACUUGCCAUCGCUCAAACCGAUGACAUUGUUUAUAUUUAUAGGUUAGGACUUGAAUGGGGAGAAAAGAAGAUUAUUUGCAACAAAUUCCUUCAAAAAUCAGCAAUAACAUGUUGUUGCUGGCCAAGUAUGCAUCCUUCAGAAAUUGUUUUUGGAUUAAGGGAUGGACGUGUGAGAAUGGGAAACACAAGAAACAAUUCUGCUACAACAUUGUAUCAGGCAGAAUCAGAGGUUGUUGCUCUUGCUGCCAGCAGUGACGGACAUGGAUUAGUGAGUGGACAUUUGGAUGGUUCAAUUUAUAGAUUUUACUUUGAAGACACACCCAAUGGAGACCUUUCGAGUAACCUCAACGGAGAUGUCAUUGACGACAUGAUGAUGGGAGCAGGAUUUGCAAACAGCAACAUUAUUGGAUCUCAAAAAAUAUGCGUUCAUUCCACAAUACCCUACUGUCUCGCUUGGGGAAACAAUAUUAUUGCGAGCGGAGCUGACAAAAGAGUAUCAUUUUACAGCAUCGAUGGCUCGUUACUUCAAAAUUUUGACUUUUCAGACCGAGAGGAGAAAGAAUUUAGUGCAAUUGCUUGCAAUCCAUCAGGUCAAUGUUGUGUUGUCGGAUCAUGGAACAAACUUAAAGUUUUUAAUUAUAAUAUUCAUAGAAACAUGUGGGAAGAAGGUGAUCAUAUUGAAAUUCCAAAUUUAUAUGCUGUAACAUCUGCUUGUUGGAAACCAGACGGCUCUAGGCUCGUGAUUGGAAACAUGACUGGACAAGUGGACUGGUUUGAUGCAUGCAUCAAAAGAUAUCGAUACAAGGGAGAAUUCGAAUUCACAUUUGUCAGCUCUAGUCAGGUUAUUGUCAAAAGACUUUCAACGAAUGUACGAAUUGUUCUGAAAUCGCUAUUCGAAGAAGAAAUUCUCAAAGUGAAUGUAGCUAGGGAUCAAUAUAUAAUUGCUAGAACUCCAAGAACAUUGCUUUUGGGAGAUUUGGAAUCAUGCAAGUUGAGUGAAAUUGCUUGGAAUUCUGAUGAAAACAAUGAAAAGUUUUAUUUUGAUAAUCCAAAAGUAUGCAUGGUUUACAAGGCAGGAGAAUUUUCUAUUAUUGAGUAUGGCAUUAAUGACAUUAUUGGCAGUUUUAGGACAGAGCAUGUUAGUACUUUCUUAAUUAGUGCCAGGAUUGCAGACAAAGAAACUCCAAACAAUGAAAUUGAUUUAAGUGGAGGCAACAAAAAAGUGGCAUAUCUAAUCGACAGUCAUACAAUUUGUAUUUUGGAUUUGGUUUCUUCGUUCACUAUUGCUAAAAUCAGUCACGAUUAUAGAAUUGAUUGGCUUGAGUUGAAUAACAGAGCUUCAAAACUGUUGUUUAGAGACAAGCAAAGACAUUUACACGUGUUUGAUCUCAAGAGUCAAAAGACAACCACUCUAUUAACUUAUUGUAGCUAUGUCCAAUGGGUACCAGAAUCUGAUGUUGUGGUUGCUCAGAAUAGAAGUGAUCUUUGUGUGUGGUACAAUAUUGACGCUCCAGAUCGGGUAACCAUUGUUCAAAUCAAAGGAGAGGUAGUCGAUAUUAUUCGAUCCGAUGGAUGCACUGCUGUUCUGGUUGAUGAAGGUCCAGGAACUGUCAAUUAUGACUUGAAUGAAGGAUUGAUCAACUUUGGGAAUGCUAUGGAAGACAAAAAAUAUGAACAGGCAGCAAGUAUUUUAGAACGACUUUCUCUCACUCCAGAAACUGAAGCCAUGUGGAAAAAACUGAGUGAAGUUGUCAUGGAAGAUAUGAGAUAUGACAUUGCUGAGAGAUGUUUUGCAGCACUUGGUGAUGUUGCAAAAUCUCGAUUCCUGCGAAAGAUUAAUCAAGAAUCAAAGCGAAUAAGAGAAAGUGAAGGAGAAGGAAUUGAACCAUUGGAUCAUUGGAAGAUACGAGCCGAGAUGGCAAUAUUAAGCAAAGAUUUUAAAGCAGCUGAACAAAUUUAUUUGGAACAAGCAAAGGUCGAUGAAGCCAUCAAAAUGUAUGAACAAUUACACAAAUUUGAAGAGAGUAUAUUCUUAGCGAUUGAGAAGGGUAUUAACAACGCACAAGAAAAGAAACAAAAAUAUAUUGAAUGGCUGAUUCAAUCCAAGCAAGAGGAUAAGGCAGCCAAGAUUUAUGAAAAGGAAGGACAAUACAUUAAGGCCAUCAAUUUGUAUCUUCAAGGAGGAUUCCCGGCAAGCGCUGCCAAUGUCGUAACAAAAUACAAUGUGGUCUUUGAUAAUGGUGCCAGUGAAAAGCUGUUGGACUCGAUUGCGGAGGCUUUAUCCAAAAAUGGUCUAUUUGAGAAGGCUGGAGAGUUUUAUGAAAAGAGAGGUCUUUAUGAAAAAGCCAUUGAGGCCUAUCGAAAGGGAAAGUCCUAUCGAUUUGCAGUCGAGUUAUGUCGAUCAGCUAAUCCCGAGUUGGUUGUUAAAUUAGAGGAAGAAUGGGGAGAUUAUUUGGUGCAACAAAAACAAGUAGAAUCUGCCAUUCAUCACUACAUUGAAGCAAACAAUUAUGUGAAAGCUAUUGAAGCUGCUAUCAACUCUAGACAAUGGACUAAAGCAGUACAAAUUCUUGAAGGAAUGGAUGUCCAAAUUGCCAAACGAUAUUAUGGAAGAAUUGCUCGACAUUAUGAAGAUAUUCAAAAUUUACAACAAGCAAAGAAACUCUAUAUCAAAGCUAAUGAAUAUAGAGAAGCCAUGGAAAUGUUUGAAAGAUAUAACAAGUGGGAAGAGGUACAAUCGAUAGCAGAGACUUUUAUGAGUCAAGUUGAAAUGAAACAAUUCUACACAGAAUUAGCAUCCAAGUUAGAAAAGAAACAACGCUUUAAGGAGGCAGAAAAGCUUUUUAUCAAGGCAGAUGAAACUGAUUUGGCCAUUAACAUGUAUGCCAAAAAUCACAUGUUUGAUGACAUGGUGAGAUUGGUAGCAAAAUAUAAUCCAAUUCAUUUGAAGCAAGCUCAACUCAAGAUUGCAGAACAACUCGAAUCGGAAGGUCAUUUACGACAAGCUGAACAUUACUACAUUGAAGCAAGUGAUUGGAAGAAUGCAGUGAACAUGUACAGAAAUAAUGACAAAUGGAAUGAUGCCAUCCGAGUGGCCAAAGCUCAUGGAGGUUUAACGGCUUGGAAAAAGGUGGCACUUGAAUGGGCCAAACAAUAUACAGGAGGAGAAGCAGGUGUCAAGUUAUUAUGUAAGCUUGGUCUUAUUGAAGAUGCUAUUGAUUAUGCGAUGGAUGGUGAAUUCUGGGAAAUGGCAUUUGAAAUGGCAAGAUCCUCAAGUAAUAACAUGACUCAAAAGUUGCCUCAAAUUCAUAUGAAAUAUGCAAUCUCAUUAGAGGAAGCAGGUAACUUGAAAGAAGCUGAAGCUGAAUAUAUUAAUGCCAAUAGUCCUAAAGAAGCUAUUGACAUGUAUGUACAUCAUACAGAUUGGGAGAAUGCUAUGAGAGUGGCAGAAACUCAUGAUCCUUCUCUGAUUAAUUACAUUAUUGAGUUCCAAGCGGAUUUGGCUUUCCAAAAUAGAGAAUUUGAAAAAGCAGAAAAAUUAUAUUUGGAAGCAAGAAAUCCAGAAAAGCUCAUUGAGAAAUACAAAUCCAUUCAUAGGUUCCAAGAUGCUAAAAGAAUUGCAGAUACUCAUCUCUCCUCGGACUAUCAAAGAAAGUUGACUUCCGAUUGGGCAGAAUAUUUAGUCGAUUACAAUCAAAAAGAUGCUCAAAGAGGAACAAGAACUUUGGAAGAAGAAGAUUUGACAGACAACAAUGAUCCUGCUGCUCCAGCUCGAAUGUUUGCACAAAAUGGUCAAUAUGCAAAGGCAAUUGAUGCAUACAUUGGAUUUCCUUGGAAAGGUCUUGAUCCUGAAUAUUUGGAAGGAGAAUGGGUGAGCGCUGUAAAGAUUACUAUCAAUAAUUUACAACCAAGAGUUACUGAAGUAGUUUCCAUAUUUACAAAGAGAUUAAUUGAACUCAAACGAUAUCAGACAGCAGCAGAAAUAUUUUGUAUGGUGAAACAAUUCAAAGAUGCCAUUGAUGUUUAUGUGAAACAAAAAUUAUUUAGUGAAGCACUUGAUUUAGCUAAACAACGUGCUCCAGAUCUCUUGGAUUAUGUAAAAGAACAACACAAAAAGAGUUUAAAACCAACAGAUGGUCCAGAAAAUUUGAUCGAUCAAAUUGAAAAGCUUGCAGAUGCUGGUGAAUGGGACAAGUGUUUAGAACUUUGUCAAAAACAUGAAAAUCCAGAAAUUCUCUCCAGAAAUACUGCAUCCUAUGUGAAUUUGUUAGUGAACGAGAGACAUGACUUUAAUAAGGCACUCAGUGUGUUGGAAAAGUAUGGAGUUCCUAUUGAAAAACAAAUGAUCAAUGUCUAUAAGGAAUUGGUGACAAGAAUCAUUUGGUCAACAGUUCAUCAAGAAAAUGUAAAUACAACAGACAUUAAGAGAUGCAGAGACAUGUUGAGAUCGUUAAUUGAAGGAUCUGCAAAUGCUAAUAUGCAACUUGCUCCAGUAAUGUCUAAAUUAUACCAAGCAUGUCAUAUUUAUCAUGUUAAGGAUCUUUGUAAGAAGCUUGAUCUUCAAGAACUCUAUACAAAGAAUUGUGUGAGUCUUUGUAGGUAUACAGAUGAAAUACCUCCAGAUUCAGUAUUCUAUGAGGCAGGAAAAGCAUGUGAAAAGAUGAAGUGGGAGAAUAUGAUGUUUGUUUUUUACAAUCGAUUUUUAGAUAUUGGAGAUGCUAUUGAAGAGAUUGAACUCAAAGAAGAAUAUCAAAAUCAAGAUCCACCCAUUCUUAUUAAGGGUACCGCAGAGUUAGAAAAUUCAGAUUUCCAAGGAACAGAUGUGCCCUAUAAGGUUCCAAUACCUGUUUCACAAUUAAUUGAUGAAGAUUUGAAAGAAGAGAUAACCAAUGUUGUGUUACAAAAGUCCAUGAACUCUGACUUUAAUAGCUCAUUAAGCAAAUGUCCAUGCCCUUCAUGUAAGACACCCAUUUAUGUUGCUAAUUUGAGUUGUUUCAAGUGCAAGUCACAAUUUGAACCAUGUUCAAUUACUGGAUAUCCUGUUGCACCUGAACAAAAGGUUUGCUGUACGAAUUGUAGGAGACCUUCAAAUCGCAGUGAUUGGAAUUUGUUCAUUAUGAAACAUAAGAGAUGUCCUCAUUGUGAUGAUUUACAAUUAACCAUGUAA